AUAAAAGAGGCAUGUCUGGCAAUCCUAGUAUGUACGCCAACUAUUAAUAUGGCAUUUUCCAAGUGCUAUUGAAUUGUUUUACAGAAAAUACCCCCCAUCUUAUUUGCAGGGCAGGCCUGUGCAUGCUUUUACUUAGUAAACACAGGCCAGAUGAAGUCAUUAUGUUUGCAGCUCCUUCAAUGAGCAGCUUGAAAAGUGUUUGUAAUCAGGGUCAUUCCCAAGGUAACGGACUCAACAGCCAUGUGAGACAGCUCGGCUCCUCUUACAGGAGCGAAAGAGAAAACAAGGAGAGCAACCGAACGAAACAGACAAAAAAAACAACAGAUUUGGAAAGAAUUCCGAAGAAACAGAAAAAAGAACACAAAACUAAGAAGAAACAGAAAAGAUUUAAUGAAGACAAAGAGAGGCAAAAAGGAAUGUUUAUGAUUAUUGAAGGCAGGUGCGAGAAAGAAAAGCCAGAAUAAAACUAAAGUAGUAAAAGGAAAGGACAGAAUGUCUACAGAUCAGUGAUCAGAUGUAAGAGGGUAAUCGGGAGGUAAAGUAAAAGUAAAGUAAUUUAGAUAAAGUAAAAAAAAACAAGCCUAUAGGCAAGGAGUAAUAUAAUGUGCAUAAGAAUUUAAGAGUGCAGUGUGUAGAACAGAAAAAUGAUUAACAGUUAAUAUAUAAGGCAACGUAACAUAGCACAAAAGGAUAUGAUAAUAGAGGAGCAGAGAAGAAAAGAAUAAAAGAGAUAAGUAUUAGCAGGGGAAUAUAUAAGCGUGAUAGGAACUGGUUACGGAAAACGAAAGGCGAAGACAACACUUUUCUCUAGAAUGUAACAUUCUGCAGGAAUGGGAAGAAGUCACACAACCAAGUGAAAGGAUUGUCCAUGCUGGGGAACCCUAUUGCUCUUAUUGAACCGCAGUAUGUCUUACACUUCCUCCACCCUCAAGAGAUAUGUGGAUACCUCAUAUACCAAAGGUUAUGGAGGCCUCAGCUCUUACACAUCCAGCCUUGGCACAUCUUACACUGAUCGAGAUAGGCUCCCUUACAAAUCCAGCUUCAGUAGCUCAUACCUCUCAAACUCCCAUCUGCGCUCCUACCCAGAGCUUGAACGAAGCCUUCCACGCCUUGAUGUAACCAACAAGAGGACAGACAUUCUAGCACGUUCCCCGUCUAAAUAUGGGACCAAUAGCUUAUCCACAUACUCUUCUGGUUACAGUAACACAUAUUCAUCACUUGCAACCUCCUCAACCACAUCUUUGUCUCGUAGGAAGUCCUCCAGCCAUACAGACCUUUCUCAUGGACUUUCUGAGCUUCGUGCCUCAGACAGUUACUACUCCCGCAGCCCUGCAUUAACACGUACUCGCCUAAAUGUGGAUAACACCACACAACUUUCGCGAUCAUCCAACAGCAAUGAUGUCUAUGAUGUCUGUGGCAAGAAACGGGGUGGUGCAAAUGGCUAUAGCAUUCCCCGUGUGUCUGCUCCAGAACCAGUCACUUCAACUUUGAAGUCACGCUUCACUUAUCCACAUGAACAGAAUAAUGAAUCCAACAGCAAAGAAGAGCAGCCGGUGAAGUCAGUACAGGGUUUGGUUGGCCUGAGGAAUCUUGGAAAUACGUGCUUCAUGAACUCCAUACUACAAUGUCUGAGUAACACCAAGGAUCUCAGGGACUAUUGUCUGCAGAACACUUAUCGACGGGACCUUAACUCAAAAACCUGUAAUAGUGCAAUCAUGGAGGAGUUUGCUCGUCUUCUUCGUGCCAUGUGGACAUGUUCAAUCAAUGAAAUUGUCAGCCCCUCGGAGUUUAAAACUCAAAUUCAGAAAUAUGCUCCACGCUUCAUGGGAUACAACCAGCAGGAUGCUCAGGAAUUUUUAAGAUUUCUAUUGGACGGAUUGCAUAACGAGGUCAAUAGGGUGACCGUCCGACCCAAACCCACCUGCCAGGACCUUGACCACAUGCCUGAUACUGAAAAGGCCAAACAAAUGUGGAAACGAUACUUGGAGAGGGAAGACAGCAGGAUUGUAGAGCUGUUCGUAGGGCAGCUGAAAAGUUCCCUCACCUGUAUGGAGUGUGGAUAUUGUUCUACCGUGUUUGACCCCUUUUGGGACCUGUCGCUUCCCAUUCCCAAGAAGAGUAUACCUGAAGUUUCCCUAAUGGAUUGCAUCCGUCUCUUUACCAAAGAGGAUGUCUUAGAUGGAGAAGAAAAGCCAACAUGCUGCAGAUGUAAAACUAGAAGACGAUGCACCAAGAAAUUCACCAUCCAGAGAUUUCCUAAAUUCCUUGUGCUUCAUCUCAAGCGAUUCUCAGAAGCUCGUAUCAGAAGCAGUAAACUCUCCUCGUUUGUAAAUUUCCCUCUUAGAGAUCUGGACUUGCGUGAAUUUGCAUCUGAACCAAGCUCUCAAGCUAAAUAUAAUCUGUAUGCUGUGUCUAAUCACUCGGGUACUACCAUGGGAGGACAUUACACCGCAUACUGCAAGAACCCUAAUAACAGUGAAUGGUACACCUUUAAUGACUCAAGAGUUACGCCAAUGUCUUCCAGCCAGGUUAAAAGCAGCGAUGCAUAUGUUUUAUUCUAUGAAUUGUCCGGUCCUUCCUCUCGAAUGUAAACUGGAGUCCUGACAUCUUGCCUGGACUCACACUUUUACCGCAGAAAGCCACUGGACUGUUAUUUUUUUACUAUCCUGAUUGUGAAGUGCACACAUGGGGACAAAUAACCACCAGCAUUUUAUACAGAGACAUCAUCUGUCUCAUCACCUUGGACAAAGGGCAUGGACUAUUGCCCUUUAUUGGCUCAGUACUGAAAAUAUAUUGUGCUAGUAGCGAUAAGUUAAUGAAGGAAAACUACCUUUGGCUUUAAGUGAUUAAUAAAGGCAUGGUUAUCUUGUU